AUGUCCAACCCGCCUUUCACGGUUCGGGCGGUCUUCGAGUAUGCUUCGGGCCAUGAUGACGACCUCAGCUUUCCAAUCGGACAGAUCGUAACCGUCACGGCCGUCGAGGAUGCCGAGUGGUACUUCGGUGAAUACACAGACGGCUCGGGGGCUAAACAAGAGGGUAUUUUCCCCAAGAAUUUUGUUGAACGAUAUGAGCCCCCGGCCCCUCCGCGACCUACGCGCCCUAGCAGACCAAAGAGAGAACCCGAUCCCACGCCUGUUGAGCCCCCUGUCGAGGCACCCGAAAGCCAACCCCCGAUCGAGCCCGAGGUUGCUGAACAGCCCCCAUCACAGGAGCAGGAGCAGGAACCGGUUCUCAGACAAGCCCCUCCUCAAUCACCGCCACUGGAACCAAGACCCCCUGUCACCGAAGCCCCAUCAUCUCCACAGCUUGUCCAGGUACCCGAGUCUGCCGUCGCGGCGGUUGCAACCCCCGCCCCUGCCCCUCCUGUCGUCAAGUCUUCGAAGCCGCCGCCCCCGGCCGUGGCCGACAAACCCACGGGUUCCUCGUUUAGAGAUCGUAUCGCCGCAUUCAACAAAUCCGCAGCUGCACCGAUUGCUCCGUUCAAGCCGAGUGGCCCGACACAAUCAAGCUCCUUCAUUAAGAAACAGUUCGUCGCUCCACCCCCUAGCAAGGAUUCCUAUGUGGCCCUGCCCCGGGAGCCCGCCCAGAAAAUCUAUAGGAGGGAGGAGGAUCCGGAAGUGAAGGAGCAAAUUACUCGUGAACCUCCCGUCUCCGAAACCCGCCCCCUCCCGCCUGCUCCUGUCCAGAUUCAAGAGACUGAGGAAGGCGCCGAGGACCAGCCAAAGCCGACCAGUUUGAAGGAUCGCAUUGCCCUGCUUCAGAAGCAGCAACUAGAACAAGCCCAACGUCAUGCGGAAGCAGCUCAGAAGAAGGAGAAGCCCAACCCUGUGAAGAAGCCAGUCGAGCAUCCCGUGGAACCAGAUGCGGCCGAGGAAGAAGACGAAACUUCGCCGAUUGAGCCGUCGGGGACUGUACGAGACCCCAGCGUUGACACUCUACGGGCGAAGGUUCCUCCCGCGCAGCCAACACCUUUCUCGCCCGCCGAAGAAAUAGCAAGUGAUACGAAUGAUGCCGAUUAUUCUGCAGCCGCGGAUUCCGAGGAUGCGGGAGAAACAUCUACCAGCAAGGAUGAAGACGAAGAACGCUCACGCCACCCACCUGUCCGCCCCAUCGAGCCGAAAGGUGACGAGGAAACCGCCGAGGAAGAGGCACAGGUGGAGGACGAAGAGGAGAUGGAUCCUGAAACAAAACGUCGCAUGGAACUUCGCAAUCGAAUGGCAAAGAUGAGUGGCGGUAUGGGUAUGAUGGGGCUAUUUGGUCCUCCCGGUGGCUUGCCAGGCAUGGCUCCUGGGGCAACCCGCAAGCCGAAGACCCCAAGCGAGUCCGAGAAGAGACUUGCAGAGGCUGAGCCAGCUUCGCCUACACAUGCUCCUCCCGUUCCACUUCCCGGAAUGAACAUCACCAGACCUCUUCCACCCGUCGAUGUUGAGAAGGAAGAGGAAGAGCCUUUGGCAAGCCCGAUCACCGAGCAACAUGCUCCACAAGAGGUGCCAGAUGUCGAGGAGAUUGUUCAUGAAGGCGCUCCUCCACGUCGGUCUUCUGAUCGCCCACCUCCUGUUCCUUCUGCCCAAGAACGUUCUGCUCCUCCGGUUCCGCCUCUGGAUUCACGACCUGUCCCACCUCCAGUCCCAGCUGAAAUGCCGUCUUCUCCCCCGCCUGUUCCAGGAGGCCGCCCCGCCCCUCCUCCGCCUAUACCAUCAACCACUGAUCAGGGCGAUGAGUCUGAUGACGAGCUUUCUGUUCAUGCCAGGAACUUGUCCUUGGGCCCUGGUGAAUCACCAAUCCCUUCACAAAGCGCGACCGCCUCUGCAUUGCCUGACCAUCUCGACUCCCGCCGUUCUUCUACCUAUGAACCGACUUCUCCCGUAGUUUCGACUCCGGGAACUGACAAGAGAGCAAGCCGCCCGCCUCCCCCGGUUCCAAUUAAUCCACCCAUGCCACCGAUACAGACUCGUGCUCCGCCUCCACCGCCUCCAGGGCAAAUUCGCCGUCGGUCCACCGCUGACAGCCGUGGAAGUGGCAUUUCUGCCCCCCGACAGGCCGGAGAGGAGGUAGAGGGGGAGGUGACUGAGUACGAUGGAGACUAUGACACGGAUAUCGCAUCGGGAGCCAAGUUCAAGGACGCUCUGCGGUCCCAUGAACGCGACUCGAGCUUUGACGAGGGUCCAAUCACUGACGACCAGUCUAUUCAGUCCCCGCGCAGCCAACAAGCCGCUCGUCAGCCACCACCGCUACCUCCCACUGGUGCUCCUAGGGGAGGGACCACCUCCGCUGCCACCAACCAAGGGAGCUCCGCAGGGGGAGACGACGAGGAGUAUGACCCUUUUAACUAUUCUGCUCCCCAGCAUGGUCUGCCUUCCCCUCCACCUCUUCCUACUGGACGCCCAGAAGCCCCGCCUCCUGGCCCUCCACAACCCGCAACUGAAGAAUACGACGAUCUGUACGAGGCAUCUCCUGUCCAACGCCAAUCCACAGAGAUCCAUCGAGCAGCUCAGCAUGAGAAACGGCCGUCCCUGGCACCGCCACUGCCGCCUCAAAGUCAAGCUCCGGCCUUGCCGUCUCCGUCCGCCUCUCGAGGCCAACGGGUUUCUAUGGAUAUGAUGCGCUCUCAGCGGCGGUCUAUGGACGUCCCUCGUCCCUCUGUUGAUCAGGGAUUCAUCGCUACUGACGUCGACCUUGGCGAGACCACGCUCUGGUGGACACAGCCAAACUGCCCUCCUCCUGUUUUCCAAAACCGCAAAGAUAUCCUCUUCGAGGUUGAGGAAUCUUCGUCAACCAAACGGGGCGGCAAGACAACUGUGUCUAAAGAUAUCUAUGUUCUCUUCAUCGAUUAUUCUCAGACAGUGGUGAAUGUACAAUUUGAUGCCAAGAACCCCGCGGAUGCCUCCUUUGAGCAGCGCCAUGAACAACCCCCGCUUCAGCCUCGUCAGGACCAGCUAGAGCAGGCGCAUCUUCAGCUGGGCACUCGGAUUUCGGAUUCAGUCAACGCAAUUCAAAACUCCACGGUUAGCGACGGCACUCCCUUUGGAUUGGUCCAGCAUCUGUUGAACCCCCUAUCCGAAGCACUUCUCCCCGUUGGAACACGUGGAUAUGGCGCGUUGGUCUACUCAAAUCUGGCCAAUGCAUCCGUCUCGCAACAUGAUGAAAUCCGGGCUGGUGACAUCGUUAGCUUCCGUAACGCGCGUUUCCAAGGUCACCGCGGGACGAUGCACCAAAAGUACAGUGCCGAGGUAGGCAAGCCAGAUCAUGUUGGCAUCGUCGUUGACUGGGACGGCACCAAGAAAAAGAUUCGUGCCUGGGAGCAGGGACGUGAGAGCAAGAAGGUCAAGAUGGAGAGCUUCAAGCUGAACGAUUUACGCAGUGGUGAAUGCAAGGUCUGGCGAGUAAUGCCACGCAGCUGGGUUGGCUGGGAAUCCACCAAAUAA